UUACGUUACAAGUCUCAUCUGUGUCGACCUCCCUGUUUAAUAACGGACGGGUACUUCCCAGCUCCUAGUCAAAUAGCCACUCUAUUUUACCAAUGUCUGUUGUGGUUUGAAGACUCGAGGAUUGGAAAGCUACGCGCCGCACAAUAUAAUCUCCUAUUGUUUAGCGCAGCUUUGCACGCGCUUGUGUUUACAGCAUCUCGCGCGCAGCGCGCGCGUGAUAUUGAUUCAGGUAAAAGAGCCCUUUCGGUUUCACCAUGGCAAGCGAGGCGCUCCACAGAUUCGUUUGCCUUUGCCGAUACCUACAGGAUCCCUGCCAUGUCGCCAGAUUCCAGCAGUUUUGCGGCGUCCGCGGCACAUUUCCUAAAAAAACAACCGAGGCUAGCGAGAGUGACGCGAAGCUUGCGGUCAACGGUGUUUGCGUGGGGCAAUACCAGGAAGACAGCGCGGCCAGUGGGGAUUCAGCACAAGGACUCCCGGGCCAAAGGCUGAGAAAAAGUUUAAAUGCCGCUGGAGAUGUUCAACCGGAAGAAUGUUCCGCUGCUUUUCUCAACGCACCCUCGGGGCGAGAGGCAGAGAGGGACCCCAAAGGCAGAGUGAAGCCUUUACGCAGAAACUCUUUGACUGGGGAUGUUGGGCAGGAGUUCAUCAUCGAGAACAAGUUUCUCUUCUAUCUCUUCACCAUUGGUACCGAGCUGGGCAAUGAGAUGUUUUUCAUCGUGUUCUUCCCCUUCUUGAUGUGGAACGUCGACCCCUAUGUGAGCCGGCAGCUCAUCGUGGUGUGGGCCUGGGUGCUGUUCUUCGGCCAGUCCACGAAAGAUCUGGUCCGGUGGACCCGUCCUCCCUCUCCUCCUGUGGUCAAAGUUGAGGUGUUCUACAACACGGAGUACAGUAUGCCCUCCACACAUGCCAUGUCCGGCACCGCGCUGCCUUUCUCUCUGUUCAUGCUCACAUGCAGCCGGUGGGAGUACCCGUUCAUGAUUGGAUUGAGCUUAGCUCUGUUCUGGAGUGUCCUCGUGUGCAUCAGCAGGAUUUAUAUGGGCAUGCACUCUGUCCUGGAGGUGAUCACAGGCUUCCUCUACAGUGUGCUCAUCCUGGCGGUCCUUCACCCCCUACUGGAUGACAUUGACACGUUCUACCUGUCCCACAGCUAUGCCCCUCUGGUCGCCCUGCUAGUGCACGUUGGCUUCAGCUUUGUGGCUUUCUCGCUGGACUCAUGGAGCACGUCUCGUGGCGACACGGCCCAGGCGUUGGCCACAGCUGUCGGAGCCGCGUUGGCAUCUCGUCUGAACUACCAACUGGGUCUGCUGCCAGAUCCUCCCGAAGAAGCUCUACCGCUCACCCUUCCCCUGAUCGACAGGGCCCUAUUGGCCCGCUCCAUCUUGCGACUUCUGGUGGGAGUGGCGGUGCUUCUGGCCGUCAGGGCUGCCAUGAAGGUUGUGGCGAUCCCAUUGGCGUGCAAGAUCUUCGGCGUGCCUUCGGAUGACGUGCGGAAGGCUAGACAACAUGCGCAAGUGGAACUCGCAUAUCGGUUUAUUGUUUAUGGCACAGUGGCCUACUGCUGCGUGUUCCUGGUCCCACUUCUCUUUAGCUUCCUUGGCUUAUCCUGAAGAAAAUCCCCACUUCAUCCUAGUUAUUAUCCGUGUUUUUUUUAUCCUAUAGCUAAAAUCUAUACCUGACCUGGACUAGUCAUGGUCCAAACAGCCUUUUGGGUGCAAACACGAAUGAGGUUCAUGAUGUUGAUAAUAUCACCAGCUCCAUUUCCAAGAUAAUUUAUUUCACUUGUUUUGUUUGACCUUAGAUUAAGAUUUUAUUAGCAGGGUUUUUAGGAACAUUUGUUGUCAUCUGUGAGAGAUCAGUCUGCAGUUUUUUUAAGUGAGUGCAUGUGACCUGUUCUAAGUCUUUAACAUUGAUGUUUAUAAGCCAUUCUCAGAAAGGUCUCAAAUGUUUCCUGCAUUUGUCUUCAGUUAUUUCUCCUCAGCUGACUGACACCCGCCCACCCUAAAUCUAAUACGCAGGAAUGUUUCUCACUAUAUACAGAAUCUGCAGUUUUCAUUCUUCGGAAAUGAACUAACCUGAGUGACUACCCUUGACAGACAUUUGUAUCCUUGUCAUGGUUUUCCCUCAAGGGCACACUCUCAUAUAACAAUAUGUCAUUUAUCAUUUAUCCCAGGGCUUGUUUCUUCUGUGGAUCCAUUCAAUGUUGUGAUCCCAGUGGUUCAUUCAACGGUUCAGGAAAGACACUCCAAAUUCUGAGAGGUGUAGAAAUUUCUGUUCUUAUUUAAAACGUGUUGAACUCGGGGCUCACAAUAAGAGGUGAGGGGAGGAACUUCCUGUCAGUAUGAAUACUGAAUACAUGAACUUCCUGUGGAUGUGUUGCUCUAAAACCCAAGCUGGGAAAAUACUGCUCUGAAUAUGAAAGCCACAUAUCUCUAAACAUUCUGUCAUUGUCAGUAUAUUAUUUAUACACAUCAGAUAUGUUUUCAGGUAUUACUACAAUGAGUAAUAUUAUUUAUGCAGUGUGUGUGAAUAGCUCAGUCAACUCAAGCAAAUUGUACUAGUUUUAGUUUAAACAAAUAAUUGCAACUUGCAAGUAGACUUUUGUAGCAUUUUCCAUUGUAGUAUUUUUCAGUUUUCUUUCAUUAGUUCACCCUAAAAUGAAAAUUCAUGUAAUGAUUUAUUCAUCAUCACAAACCUGUGGAACAUGGUCCAGUUUUUGGACACAAUUCACUGUCAUUAUAUGGACAUAAAAUACAACAAACAAAGACAAAUGUGCACGAAAAAACAAAAAUGUAACCCCAUCCACUUUCAUUAUGGCAUUAAAAUUAUAUAUAUAUAUAUAUAAUUUAGCAUUUUUUAUUGAACUUUCCCUUUUCGUAACAUUAGGCUAAAUCGAGUCAUUCAAAUUCAGAGCUGUCACGUGUUUUCAGAUUGUCGCAGAUGUUCUGCAUGACUGCUUUAAGACAUCCGGAUUGUUCCAUGAUGUCAGCAGUUUGGAGAAGAUGCAUUGAAAUUCUUGUUUCUCCAGAAAAGCACUCAGUGUGGUUUUAUUAAAUGGAUCGACUGAACUUCCCUGCUUUCUUCACUUCUGCAUUUUUAACCGUUUAAAUAUGAUUAUGGUCAUCAUGGUAAUGUGUAUUUUCAGAUAACAAGUUGUCAGUAUUAACCUAGGUAGUUUAUAUGUUGUCUGUCAGUGAACUAGUACUCUGUACUUGCAGUUGUUUUAUUAGUGUGUUCAGUUUCACAAGAAAAUGUUGUAAAGCCAAUGGAGGACAGAUCGCUGAUAUACAUUCAUUGCUCUCUGCUCAGAAACCCCAGUGCCUUGCGUCCUUGUUUUCAGGGCAACUUUAUUCUCUAACUAGGCACAGGACACCACAGCUGUCUUUCUGUGAACACGUCCUUAAUGUUUAUUUGCAAAAAGACAUUGUUGGUUAUGUAAGGUAAUUGGUAAUUGAUAGCUUUUCCUUUCACUUUUUUUUUUAAAUGUACAUUAUGUGGAAUUUAUUACCAGGUUUCUGGUAACGUAUUUGGAUGGUGACAAAUUAGUAAACAAUUAAAUGUGCACCAGUAUAAAGGAAACAGUUGAGCAUAUAUUCAAUUGUCAUCAGUUAUGCUUAUAUGGUAAAUGUGCCAUAACUGAAUAAGCAUUUUCUACGGUCAUCUUUAUACAGUGCGCUGAGCUGAAGUGGGCAUCACAGAAGGCCAGAUGAAAAAAGUAACUGCAUUAUGAAUGAAGCUUGUACGGUAUACUUUGAGCCUGUUCAUGGUCAUUUAAACUCACAAAUGUACUGUAUCUGUAAUCUCUGGCUCCUCGUCUGCAAUGCUCUUAUCAUUUUGUGUAAUGACAGUGAAUAGAAACUAGUAUAAAUUACCACUGUAUUUGUGUUCUUGUCAUCUGAAAUUCUUUUUUUUUUUAAAAAUUGAAUAGUUCCAUUACAAAGAGAUAAAUGAGCGUUUUGUGUGAUUAAUUACAGCAUGAUGUUUGUGAAAAAUGGCUUUUUGAUUAGAGCCAACUCAAUGCACCUACAACAGUGUGUUUACCCCUUAUCAGUCUAAAUGUGUGUGCUUGAGUUUGUUUCUCAAUUUGUCAGUUCUCUGGACAAAGGUCUACUUACUGCAUGAUGUAUUCAUUUUAACCGGUGUGUAAGUUAUAGAGGACCUUGCUUAUUUCCUGCUGUAUUUCCACACUCAGGGUCUUGCUACAAUACGCACAUAUUUAGGCUAGCUCGGGUUGUAUUUUUCCACAUUCACUAUUAACUGACUGUGUUGUUUUUACACAUUCA